AUGGAGGAUAUAUAUUAGAGUACCUCUAAUGGUUAGACUUAAGACUCUAUGUCUCACAAGCAAAAUAAGGAGAUUGACAAGUUAAAGCUAGCUAAAGCUAAGAGGAGAUAAAAGAACAAGGAAAAUAAAAAGAAAAACAAACAAGAUGCUCUCUAGAAAGACAUCGACGAUAAAAUCAGUAUUCUCAAAAACUUGAUUCCCUCUCAAAUUUAACAAUUCAAUGGGAGCCAUCUCAAUUCUCACACUGAUGUCGAAAUGACCAAUAAUGGUGACAUAGAUCAUAGUAUGAAUAAUGGUGAUUUAAACAGUAAUCAUUCAAUGAGUCUAAAUGGUAGUGGACCUGUAGCAAUAAAUAAUGGCAAGAUCGAUAUGAGCAAUAUUGAGUUUGAAUAUAUCAGCAUGGAUGAUACAAUACUAGCCCCAGGAAGAGUAAUUAUACAUAAUUAUUUAACCUAUCUAUAGCAUGUAGCUGAAUUCAAACACAUAUUUGAGCAUUUCACUACACCUCUUAAUGCAGAUCUAGGUAAACUCAAGAAAAAGGAAGAUGACAAAAAGAAUACUGAGGAAAAGGAUGCUUUUACUAAGACUACUGAAUUACAUGAAGGUGAGGAGAAAAAAGAGAAGUAAAUGUCAAAGAAGCAAAGAAAACUCAUGACAAGGAUGAAGGUCUUUGAUUUAAAAAUGAAAAUCAAAAGGCCGGACUUGGUGGAGGCUUGGGAUGUUACCUCCAAAGAUCCCCUAUUCCUAAUGGACAUGAAAAUGGUUAGGAACUCAGUUCCAGUUCCUAGGCAUUGGUCUCAGAAAAAAAGAUACUUGCAGUACAAAAGAGGUAUUCACAAGGCACCUUUCAAGUUGCCAGAUUUCAUUGAAGCUACUGGAAUAGGCAGAGUUAGAGAAUAAGCUCAUGACAAGCAUAAGAGUUUGAAGCAGAAAAUGAGAGAGAGAAUGCAACCAAAGAUGGGCAAAAUAGAUAUAGACUAUCAGAUACUUCAUGAUGCAUUCUUCAAGAAUUAAAAGAAGCCUAAACUCACUCCUCAUGGAGAUCUAUUCUAUGAAGGAAAGGAGUACGAAAUUAGAAUGAGAGGUUAUAAGCCUGGUAGGCUUACUCCAGAGCUUAGACAUGCACUUGGAAUACCAGAAAAUUCUCCCCCUCCCUGGUUGAUAAACAUGCAGAGAUAUGGCCCACCUCCUGCUUAUCCAAAUUUGAGAAUUCCAGGAGUUAAUGCUCCCAUUCCAGAAACUAUUACUUACGGUUUUGGUAGACUAUUUACUGAUGAAAAAGGAAGCACAGUUUAUGCAGAUUGUCAUGGUUUAAAUAAAGCUAUAUAUCAAAAGAGAUAGAAUAGAAAACCUUACUGGGGAGCUAUCAAGGAAACAGCUGAUGAGGAAGAAGAUGAAAGCAUGGAAGAAGAGGAGGAGGAAGAGGAAGAAGAGCCAGAGUUUGAAGGCAUUGGUAGAAAUAACCUUGAUAUGCUUGAUGAGUAUUAGGAGGAGAAAAAUGAUUACGAAGAGAGAACCACUCUUGAUGAUCUUAGAGCAGGAAUAUCAUCCUUGAUAUAAAGCACAAAUCAGAACUUAGUUAAUUAGGAUUCAAAGUCAAAGAUGCCACCACCUCCUUCAGAACCUAGACCACUUUACGAAAUCAUCGAGGAGGUUAAAAAUAAGGUAGGAGAUCAAAGUGAUAUCUUUCAAUCAGGCCAUGGGUAUAAAUUACCAACUACUUCAGGAAAAGAGACUACUUCUACUGCUGAAGCUGAGGUCAAUAUAUCUAAGGUUAUUGUGGAUAGCAAGACAGCAGCAGAAAAAGAGGAAGAGAGAAAGAGAAAAGAAAAAGAAAAAAAAGAUAAGUAUAAGUUAAAGUUCUGA